UGAACUGUGAGGUGCCGUGCGGGGGCGGAACAGCGCCUCGCAUCCAUCCUGGUACAGCUCGCCGGCACGAUUGACCCUUUUCAUAAGACUUCUGAUCUGCAUCACAGGAACCAGCAGUACAGCUAAUUACGGUCUCCUAGUUUCUAUACAGCGGCACGAUGCUCUGCGCAGUGUUGGUGCUCAGUUUUUGCGUGGCGGUGGCCACUUCUACGACGGUGGUGGAUAAGAAACUGUAUGCGUCUCCACUGACGACGGCGCCAUCGACGCCGACGCCGCAGGCAACCCCGAGAACAUCGACAAGGCUGACGACGUACACCGUGCCAACGACCAGGCAGUCGACGACGACCACCACCACUGCUGACGACGUGCGGCCACUGUCAGAGUGCGCUGUCCCCACUUUCUCCAUGACGCUGCGCAGUGCGAGGAACUCGUCUGGUGUGUGGACGGACGAGGUGGAGUCGGCGGACGCGGUGGAGCAGGGCUCGGAGCGGCAGCCCGGCGGCUACCGGCUGGACGUGGAGCACGCGGCCAGCUACUCGUGCGGCGGCGGCGAGAGCGUCUCGCUCACCCUCACCCUCACAGCUCCUGUGUUACCGCUUCCAAGUAUUGGCAAACUGUAAGAAGAGGUUAGAGGUGAUGCUGCUCUACAUCCACCAUCUGGAGAGGCCCUACAGUCCCUCAAAGACAUGAAUGCUUAGAGUUGAAGAAAUCUGCUCCGCUUCGCGCAACAAUAUUAUGAUAUUUUUGGUGAAUUAAACAAUGCUUUUGACCAGAAA